UUUAAAGCUUUCUUCACAGACACGCUAGCCUAGAGAGUUAAAAUGUUAGCUUGCUAAGAAGCUACAGAGUACUUAUCUGCUGUCACUAGUCAGUACAGUUAACUAGUAGUAAACGUUAAAUAGUUAGUUGGCUUUCUAAUAACAUGGAGCCUUCAGUGACUAGCUGUUUAGCUAGCUAACGUUGUCUGCCAGCUGUUUUUCGCUAGGCGAGUGUAUUUACUGUGUAACUAGUUUAUGAGGCUGCGUGCAAAACAAUGGGGUCUAACAUUUAGUUAGUUAGGGAAAUUGUGGAGUUAGUCGGCAACCUACAAUACUGUAAUGUGAGUUCACAUGAUUUACUCUGUUUUACAAAAUCAACCAGUCGUGAUGAGAUGAACGUGUCACACUUAAAGCCACUUGUUUGAGAGAAACAGCGUGGUGCUCUCUAGUACAACCGUGGACUGUACUAAACAAUUUGUGCUUCGGACGGCUACCUUUUGAGAUAUAGAUACGACUGCAUUGAAGGAUUUAUUAGUCCGGAUGGAAUGUGUAGAGUGAGUAGCGUUGUAACAAAAUGGCCAUAACAUGGUUCCAUAGGUUUGUACAGUAUUCCUGUUUAGGUAACCUCAUCCCUAAACUUCAUUUGGGUGGAAGUGUCUGGGAACAAGAUUAGUAAAAGUACAACUUGCUUAUAUGUUUAUCCUGAGAUGUUGGUCCAUGAGGUAAUCCUGUGUGAUCGUGAACCUAGUGGGCCUAAUCUGUUUGAGGUUCAGUUGGCCUGGAUAACCUGUGGAUUUCUAUUCUUAGCCUCUUGUAUUACAGAUUAAUCAGACCAGUCCAAAGUCAUAUCAGACUGUAUGCCCCUUCCGUGUGACCCCCCACCCGUAGCCAUCCUCUCCGGAAGCAAUAGCUGCGGAACAUCCCCAGUUUUGCGCCAGAGCAUGUCAAGAUCACACGCUCUCCUGACAGGACUUCCUGUCUCCUUGUAUUCUAUAGCCCUCAAAGGUGGAGUAUUCAGGCCGCUUGUAAUGCUGUGGUGGUAAUUUCAGACUAGUUUCUGCGGGAGACCUCAGUAUGAUAAGGGGGUGUUUACCACCCUAAAGGAACACAGGAGCUUUUAUGGUAAUACCCAUCUUUGGGCAAGUCAAUUCUAAAGGUGAUUAGAUUGAAGUUAGGAUAGGCUUAUUCGCUUUGUAAGGGACUCUGGGACAAAGUUCCCCUCAAUGCAGAUCUAGGACAAGCGUCUCCUCCCGCGAACCAAAUGAUGACCAUUAGUGGGACAAAUCACCCAUAACCAACUUCAACCCCCCACUCCCGGUAGGUGCGGAUGGAUUUGCAGCGCCUUAUGAAUGGCACGAAGUUAUCUUGGGAAGGGGAAACACUACAUCACCCUACACUCCUGCCUUUGUUCAGCUGUGGUUUUCCUGAGCGGGUGACUUGAAAGUUCUGCCCCCAAGAUAAAGGGCCAGGAAUAUUUUUAGUAAUUACAGUUGUUAAAUUGUACAGUAUUUAUGAGCACAUGACCUAUAACCGGUAACUGGAACGUUGCUGGAUCAAAUCCCAGGGCCGACAAUGUGUCAUAUCUGUUGUUCUGUCCCCAACAGAUAGCCCUAAUUUUGCGAGGUUCACUUUGUCUAAUCCCCUGGCUCUGACCCCACUCUCUGAGGAUGUCUCAGGGACUGUGUAAAAUAAAUAUAAAUAACACAAGGUGAUCAUUGUUGGAUUGGACAAUGCUGGAAAGACGACAAUAUUGUACCAGUUUCUGAUGAAUGAAGUGGUCCACACGUCGCCCACCAUAGGCAGCAAUGUGGAGGAGAUAGUGGUGAAGAACACCCACUUCCUCAUGUGGGACAUCGGGGGACAGGAGUCGCUCCGUUCCUCUUGGAACACCUAUUACUCCAACACGGAGUUCAUCAUCUUGGUGGUGGACAGCACAGACAGGGAGAGGCUGGUGAUCUCUAAAGAGGAACUCCACAAGAUGCUGGCUCAUGAGGACCUGAGGAAGGCAGCUGUGUUGAUAUUUGCCAACAAGCAAGAUAUGAAGGACUGCAUGUCGGCAGCGGAGAUCUCCAAAUACCUCACCCUCAGCUCCAUCAAAGACCACCCGUGGCACAUCCAGUCGUGCUGCGCACUCACAGGGGAAGGCUUAUGCCAGGGCCUGGAGUGGAUGACCUCAAGAGCGGGACUAAGAUAGCACCUUUACCUCAUUGGCCUACUAUCCUGUGACCUCUCCCUAUUGGCUGCUUAACAAACUUCAACUUUGACCUCAAGGCUGUAUGGGAAACAGUUGUUGCAGCCUCUCUCCACUCCACAUCAAUGUGGGUUGUAUUCAUUCGGCACCAAAUGGGGGAGGGGUGGGGGAGGGUGGUACAGGGCUACCGGAACAUGUCCGAUUUUAGAAACGCCUGUUUUCAUUGUCCCCUUCAUGACGCUUUGCUACAGUGUGCUGUGAUUAAUACAACCCUGUUCAGAGCGGAGCUUAACCUUGUUUCCUGGAACCGAUGGAAACAAACCUUACCCAGUUCCUAAACCACAUCGAGACUUUGUUACCGGGCUCGAGUUGAGGGUCAGUAGCGGCAGCGCCACAGCCAGGAGAACAGCUCUGAUCCCAGACUGGCAUACUAACAGUGUAUCCAGUUGAAGCCAUGGACAACUCAUCACCACUACAUAUCACUUUCAUAUCAUACUGCCAAAACAGGACCCAUGGUGUCCUUUAUCUCUGCAAUGUCUUUGCUGCAGUAUUUCAUUGUGUUUUGGAAUUCUUAUUUCGGUACCUACUAUAGGCUUACGUCAAACAGUGUCUCUAUUCACUUUCAGUUCUUAAACAAUGUCUUAUUGGUUAAUGUACAUAUUUAUUUAGGUUGGAGAAAGGAAAGGUUUAAAAAGCAAAGGGUUAGGGUUAUUUUACAUUGGUUGCAGUAUUUACUUCUGUUACCAUACAGGUUUAGUUUGGGCCUGUGCAUAGGAUUACUUGUUCAGGAUGUUACACUUUAUAUGGACGGUUCUCAUCAGAGCCCACUCCACAUGUUUUCUAUUUCAUAAGCUACAAAGGGGUUUGGGUGUGGGGUUGGUACUGUAUUCACAGCGGUUGGAGUAGUCAGACUAGUUACAAGCCUUUUAGUGAUGCUUGUUUCUUUGUGACUAUAGGAGCUAGCCUUAGUGUCUGUUUGUGCUAGAAUGCUAACUCCUUAAGAUUCUUAUAUCGAACACCUACAAUGUGCCGACCUGAACAAUGUAUGUGUCCAAUAGACAUUAUGCCUCGCCUAACGUUCGAUUCGACACCGGUAGCAAAGGAGCAAUAGCACAAACUGAUCCGACACCAGGCUGUACAGGUAUUAUUAGGGAUAGGUCAAGCAAAUGAUCCAUGGAGUUAAGUAUAAGUUUAAUAUUACCUUUCAAGCAAAUGUCCAUUAAGCCCUUUUCCAAAGCGCUGUACCACACUGGGCAUAUUAAGUGUGCCUGUUGCCACUUACUGUUGUAUCAGUAUGUGGCUCAGUGACUUAAGUAAAUUAUUAUUUACAAUAUAAAACAUAUAUACCUUUAGUGUUAUGACUCCCUUGUGACCAAACUCAAGUCUAUAUUGACUUCAUGAGUCAUAAAAUGUAUUGGGCAAAGAGGUUCUGUUGUUUAGGGUAACUGUCCACACCUAGAGGCAAACAUGCUUAAAACUUUCUAGAAAUCCCAACCAUUGUUUUCUAAGUUUUGUAACGUAAGAAGUGGCAUUUUGUUACUGAAUGACAGUUAACAAGAAAUAAUGUCUUUUGAGUAUACACAUGUAAAGUUCAGAAUUAACACCGUAUUCUCGCACCGUAAGGUUUGUAUUUUAAUUUUUUUUUUUUAUCACGUCAUUGACCCAUGUACGUAGCUUGACAUUUUCCUGACUUUACUGUGUACACUACAUAUGCAUAUCAACGUACCAGUAAGAUUUUAUUUAAUAUUUUAGCAUGUUGGGAGGUUUUACAAGUAUGACAUGUUGAACUAAGCAGGUAAUUGCAGCUGUAUUUGUUAGUCUAACUCCCUGUUCAUACCAAGAUGACACCAUAGAGUUAAAAUGGCUUGACCGUCAGUCUGUUACUGAUGUCAUCCAACAUCUGGUCACUGUUGUCACGUUUUGGCUUCACCUCCAUGGAAGAAAACGGAAAAAUCAGGUAUUCAGGGAUCUUGUCGGCUUAAAGCUUGUUUCUGAUUUGAAAACCACAUGUUGAAACUCCUGGCUAGACAUUUUUCUUGACAUCAGUGGAGGGGUCAGUAGCUCAAACAGAUCUGGGACCAAGUAAGAGUUAAAUAUAUGGUGCUUUUCUUUUGUGCAUUUCUGGCUGCUAUGUUGCAUAUCGUAAAACAACAAGCCUGGUCUCAGAUCCAUUUGGGCUUUUGGCAACUACACUUCUGAAAUGAUAGUCAUCGGGGCGGGGUUCCCAUUUCAAAUGUGCCACGUCAGACAGACUGAUUUAAAAGGAUGAGAUGUUGAUGCCCUCAAGUGUGAGCAGAACAGCCCAUGAGUCUAUAGAUCUGUCUGCUUUUCCUGACAAUAGUUAACCUCCGCCCCCCGAAUCAUUGUGAAUUGAAUGGCUAAAUGGAUCCUACUCUAAAAACCUUGUUACAUACCAUCAGGAUUUGAUGCAUCAUAGACCUCCAUCGACUUAAUCGAAGAAUAACUUUCUAACAGAUCUAUGCACGUGUCACUUUGAAGUCUGAUUCUCUGGUGAGUUCCAUAAUAGCCAAAGUGUGUGCGUGUGCGUGUGCGUGUGUGUGUGGGGGGGGGGGGGUUAUGAACCGACAUUAAUGUCAGAAUUAUGACAUCUGGGAUAUGCAUUUCAUUGACUAGUCUCGUGUGGUUACACCUCUGCGUUUAGAACUCCUGGAAGACCAUACAGGCAGUUUAAAAGGUCAAUUUAAUAAGAAAUCGUAAUUGCAUUCACACUCAUGAAAUUGAGUUUUUGUGGAAAUAAAUUUGAUUUUGAACUACC